CCUUUUUGAGGGUUCAAUAAUAUUAAUGGACAGAAUUGUGAAGUUGGCUUCAAUGAAGGCUGUGGUGAUAUUCACGAAUAGCUCGUGUUGCAUGUGCCAUGCAAUCAAGAGGUUGUUCUACGAGCAAGGGGUGAGCCCGAUGAUCCACGAGCUUGACGAAGACACGAGAGGUAGGGAAAUGGAGUGGGCGUUGUCACGAAUUGGUUGUUGCCCGGCAGUGCCAGCUGUCUUCAUUGGUGGAAGGCUCGUAGGUUCUGCCAAUACCGUCAUGACUCUUCACCUUAAUGGGUCGCUAAAGAAGAUGCUUAAAGAGGCUGGUGCCAUGUGGCUCUAGAUAUAUAGUUGAUUAGUUAGACGGCAUAGCUAUAAGUUAAUAGAGUACUCUACCAAUAAGCGGUCUUGUGACUUGAUGUGUGCUCGACUCGAUGAGUCAAAUUAGCACCUGAUUUUGCUAACUAUGUCUAUCUAGAGUUUUUUUUUUCUGGUUUCGGCUGUUUUGAUUAGCAUUGAAGGCUUCGGAUCGAUAAAUUUUAUAUGCAUGAAAAUGUUCCUAGAGA